AUGGAGAAGCAGAAGCAGAUGACGUUGGUGACGAAGCUCUUUUUCUGUCUCUCGCUCGUCUCUCUAUCCACUCAAUCCUUUUCCGUCUAUCGAUUACUACCCAAAUCACAGAAUGACUUCAAAGCUAUUCAACGGUUAUACAAGAAUGCCACUGAUCAUGACGUGAGUUUCUUCUGUCCCCGAGCAUCCUCUCCUAGUGUCUGUUUCAGUUAAACUUUUGGAAAACGGGCAAAGACAAGCAUGGAUUCUGGGAUGUGAUGGUGGAGUUGAAGAACGAGAAGUUCUUCUUGAAUUACUUGCAAAACAAUGAUAUCUCGCACAUGAAAACGAUAGAAGAUGUUGAAAAGUGAGUGGAAAAAGAGAGUAUUCGAGCACAAUCCCUGUUCAGAUUAAUAAGCAAACACGAGAGCAACAGAACUGAAUCGAAGCUCUUCCCACGUCUUUGGGACGACUCUUCCUCUGUCCACUAUGACUUUCACACGUAUGGGUCUUAUCAGAGAAUGACGGAUUGGAUGAAGCAGCUGGUGAUAAAGUACCCCAGGAUGGUGCAGUACAUAACGAUUGGGAAGACGACGGAGGGCAGAUCCAUCGAUGGAGUCGAGGUGAUUUCCCUUGCCUUUCACCCUUUCCAUUGCUCAAAUCGCUCAGAUCGGUGGAGACUCACGGACGAAGAAGAUCUUCUGGAUUGACGGGGGAAUCCAUGCUCGCGAGUGGGCCGCGCCCCACACCGCUCUUUUCUUCAUUCAUCAGGUAUCAAUCCCUUUUCCCUUUCCUCCUAAUUCUUCUCAUUUUCUCCGAAAAAGUGCGUUCCCAUUAGUGGAAUGCCAUUCUUUUACACCUUCCGACGCAAGUGAAAACUUGAUAAAAAGAGGGAAUUACGCAACGUUCCAUGUCUUCUCCAUUGCAGUUGACUUCCCGGUCCAAUGAACCAGGCAUCAAGAAGCUGCUCGAGGAGAUCACGUUCGUCGUCGUUCCGUGUCUGAAUCCCGAUGGCUAUGAGUUCACAAGAUCAUCCACCAACCCUCAUGUUUGCGACCUUUCCCCAACAGGUUGAAAUUGUCCUUUUCAGGUGCGUCUUUGGCGAAAAAACCGCUCGAAAAUGCAGUGUCGAAAAGAUAUUUGGGGUCGUAACCGGUGCUGCCGAGGCGUCGAUUUGAAUAGGAACUUUGAUUUCCACUUCAGAGGUACAUGCCCAUAAGUGGCCCAAGCAAUGCUGUUGAACUUUGAACUGAAAUGGAGACAUUUAAGAAAGCGGAACGAGUGACGACCCGUGUUCGGAGAUCUACCAGGGACCCGCCCCGUUCAGUGAGCCGGAAGCGAAGGCAGUCAGGGAUGCUCUGCUGUCAGCCAGGUACAGAGGAAGGACCGACGGGUACAUCACCCUCCACACGUACUCACAGGUUCGGUAUCAAUACUUUCACAGCUUCACAGCAUCGGUUUCUUUUUUAGAUUUGGAUCCAUCCAUAUGGCCACAAGAAGGAUGCCUAUCCAGGAGAUAUCAAAGAUCUCGUGAGUCUUUCUUUCCUUUUUCAACUUACUCGAGUGUUUAGUAUGAAGUGGGAAAGAAGGCCGCUCAAGCGCUGAAAAGAGUUUACGGCACUAAAUACGUGGUCGGAAGUGGUGCGGACACUCUUUAUCCGGCGUCCGGAGGAUCCGAGGACUGGGCGAAGCACGAGGCGAAGGUCAAGUUCGUGUACUUGCUCGAGUUGAGGCCCGACGAGAAAAGUGAGUGUUUCGAUUGUUCCCGUCGAGUAAGAAUGCAUUUUCAGAUUGGGACGGCUUCAUUUUGGAUGAGAAACAGCUGAUUCCGACGGCCAGAGAGACGUGGGAAGGAGUGAGAGUGGUGGCGGAAGCAGUGCUCGACCGGAUUGUUGCGGCCAAGUCGACCACUCCAAAAGGUUCGUGAGCACACCGAGCAGAAACCGUUUUUCAUGUUCUCUUUUUUGUAAUUGUACCUGAAGAAGUAGUUGUGGAUCAUCCGGAUAGUUUCAAUUUCCCUCUGUUUUCAAUGCGUUUAAACCUAACCGGUUACACCGUAAUUGCCCCCGUUGACUGUUUCAAAAGUUAUUGCUUUUCAUAAAUAAUUCUGAUGUUCCGCAGCUUACUGUAAUGGCAUUCCACGUCGUUUAAGUCUCCGGAGUCAUAGACUAUGGGGGAUUCAUUGAGUCAUAGUUGGAAUCAUUGAAACAGAUCCACCACGUCAUAAAAAGUGUUUGCCUUCUCUUUCGCAAAAGCCGAGAACACUCCGAAAUUAGCCAUCGGCCGAUCGGUUUCGUGAAAGAGAUCCACUCGUCAACUCAUCGUGUUUCCCUUUUCAGAAGCGCCGAAAGCGAGAGUGUUCCGUUUCGGCGACGGCACGGAGGGAUCGUGUUUCGAUGUGCGGCACGCGUGCAAACGAUGGGUUCAAGAGCGCGAGGAGCUGUGUCGGACGGUGCCCAUCUUCAUGCGCGAGAACUGCGCCUACUCGUGCUCCUUCUGUUGA